AUGGGGGAGAAACAGCAUUUGGAAGCCCAGAUACGGCAAGUGAAAACGCUUCUAAAUCAGUUAAAGGUCGAACAAAAGAAGGGGGCGGGACUGACACCUACAAAGGAGACUGCAAAGCAUAGGGUACAAUGGGAUGACUCUUUAUCUGCGUUCAACUCACGAAUUCGGACUGGGGUCAUCUCAAACCUUAAACACAAGGACCCUGGCAGUUUUCUAGUGGAUUGCAAAGCCCUGUUCAAGCGGCGAAUUCAGAACGCACUAAAGAAAGAGGCGGCAGUUAAGGUGAAUAUAGCAUUUGGUGGAGAAUUCGAGAUUGCUCAAGGCGAUAAGAUGAUCAAUGAAACGAAGUACUUUACUACUUCAAACUCAGCCAUAUAUCGGGACACGAAUCUUGAUGAAUGGUUCGAGAAAAAAGUAGUGGAGCCCAUCAGCCGAGACUUGGAAGAAUUCCAAGAACGUGAUUCCGGAUGGGCUCUAAAGGCAGUUGUUAACCUGGGGGUGAAUAUAAACAAAUUUACACCGCAACUUGGCUCCUCCUACAUUGAACUUCCUCCUCAGAUUAAGAGAAAAGAAGCAUGCGUAAAUGUCAAAAAUGAUGAUGAGGCAUGCUUUGCAUGGGCAAUUGUAUCGGCGUUAUAUCCUGCUACCAAAGAUGCUCAAAGAGUUUCCAAAUAUCCACACUAUUCUGAUGUAUUGAAAUUAAAAGGUAUUCAGUUUCCAAUGACCAUCAAACAAACUCCUAACUUUGAAAAACAAAACAAUAUAUCCAUUAACGUAUAUACUUUGAAAAAGGAGAAGAAGAACUAUACGACCCUCCCAAUCUUGCUAACAAAGAACAGAAAGGAUAAACAUAUAAAUCUUCUUCUGAUUCAAGAUAAUUAUGACGAGCCGCCUACUCAGUACCAUUACGUUUGGAUUAAAAAUUUAUCCCGCCUCCUUUCCAAGCAGCUUAGCACCGAAGAUGGAACAAAAUAUUUCUGUGAUGCCUGCCUGCAUUACUUUCGAUCACAGGAACAGUUAAAUGCUCAUAAGACAUGCUGCAAAGGUCGAUCAGAUGUUAUCUGUGAUAGGUGCUUACAACCGUUUUCAUCAUCAAAACAGCUUGAAGCCCACACCACCGAUUGCGUAAGAAUUAAUGAAACAGCCAUCAAACUGCCAGACGAGAGUAGAAAAAUGCUAAGAUUUAAGAAUUAUAGGAAUAAGAUUAAAGCCCCCUUCGCCGUAUAUGCAGAUCUCGAAAGUACAUUGAAACGUACGGGAGAUCCUAAGAAGUAUCAGGAACAUAUUCCUGUAGCAGUUGGGUAUUUCUUCAAAUGCUCAUAUGAUGAUACUCUCUCUUUUUAUAACUCUUAUCGAGGAAAGGACUGCAUGAAAUGGUUUGCAGAUGAACUUAAUCGGCUUGCUGAGAAUGUAUCUACAGUGUUUAUGUGUCCAUAUGAUAUAAAUAUAACAUCUCAGCAGGAAAGAGAUUUUCAUGCAGCCACUCAUUGUCAUAUCUGCGAGCAGCGCUUCUCCCCCAGUGAUAAGAAAGUCCGAGACCACGAUCACAUGAUUCCUGAACAUAACUACAGAGGGGCGGCCCAUGAAGGGUGUAACAUUAAUUACAAGGAUGCUCACACUAUCCCAGUGAUAUUUCAUAACCUUAGCGGUUAUGACGCUCACUUCAUUGUUAACGAUAUUGCUACACACAUCAAAGGUCCAGUAGAUCUUCUUCCUAUUACUAAGGAGAAAUAUAUCUCUUUUACGAAACAUAUCGAUCAUGCUCGAAUUAAAUUCCGUUUUAUCGAUAGUUUUCGAUUUAUGGCUUCUUCUCUCGAUAAGCUCUCUUUGUAUUUGACAGAAUAUCCUAAUCUCUGCUCUCAAUUUUUAUCACUAUCUGAGGAGAAUUUCAAUCUUCUAACUAAGAAAGGUAUUAUGCCAUAUGAUUAUAUCGAUUCAUUCCAAAAAUUCAAUGAAACAUGCCUACCACCACAGGAAGCAUUUUACAAUAAACUUGAGGAUAAACCAUGCCCUCGUCGGCAUUAUCGUAGAGCCCAAGAUGUCUGGUCUUCAUUCUCCUGCUCCACUCUCGGGGAUUAUAUCGAUUUAUACAUGAAAACGGAUAUUCUCCUUCUUGCAGACGUCUUUGAGCAAUUUCGAUCCAGUUGUCUUAAAACAUAUAAUCUUGACCCAGCUCAUUACUUUACUCUUCCCGGCUUCACGUGGGAUGCAAUGCUUAAGCAUACAAUACAGGAACUGGAGCUUUUAACAGAUCCAGAUAUGUUUUUGUUUGUGGAGCGUGGUAUUCGUGGUGGUUUGAGUCAAGUAUGCUCGAAACCUCGCGUCCACGCUAAUAACAAGUAUAUGACAUCUUACGAUCCAUCGAAGCCCGACUCCUAUCUCAUGUAUUUCGAUGUCAAUAAUCAAUAUGGCUGGGCAAUGUCGCAAUUCCUUCCGUAUGGAGGGUUCGAGUGGGUUGAUGUCAACAUCGAUGUUCUGUCCAUACCUGACGAUGCUUCUGAAGGGUACUUUCUCGAGGUCGAUCUGGAGUACCCCCAACAUAUUCACGAUCGUCAUAAGGAUCUUCCGUUUUGCCCCCAAUCAUUGAACCCUAAAACUAUGCUUCCUCCUAAACCACCGCGAGAGCAAACCAAAUUAAUGGCUACCCUUCAUGAUAAAGAAAGAUACGUAAUUCAUUACAGAACUUUAAAGCAAGCGCUAGCACACGGAUUGGUGCUCAAAAAGAUUCACCGAGUCCUAAAAUUUAAGCAGAGUCCCUGGUUAAAAUCGUACAUUGACUUGAAUACAAAUCUCCGGAAGGCAGCGAAAAAUGAAUUUGAGAAAAAUCUCUUCAAGCUGAUGAACAACGCUGUGUUCGGCAAGACCAUGGAGAAUGUGCGCAAGCGCGUUGACAUUAAAUUGCUUACUGAAUGGGAGGGUCGUUACGGAGCAGAAGCUAGAAUAAGUAGUCCCCUGUUUAAGAAUGCUACUAUUUUUAAUGAAAACUUGGUAGCUGUCGAGAUGCAUAGAGCGGAAAUAUGGUUGGAUAAACCAAUAUACGUGGGCAUGAGUAUAUUGGAUUUGGCUAAAACCACGAUCUAUGAUUUUCACUAUGGGUAUUUAGAUAGAAGGUUUGGUGAGAACUUUACGACUUGCUAUACAGAUACUGAUAGUGUGAUCGUAGAGAUACGGGAAAAAGAUCCAUAUGAAGCUAUGAAAACAGACUGCCAUCAGCACUUUGACACGUCUGACUAUCCUAAAGACAAUAUUUAUAGCAUCCCCCAAGUUAAUAAAAAAGUACUUGGACUGAUGAAGGAUGAGAAUAAUGGCUGCAUUAUGACAGACUACAUAGGGCUCCGAUCUAAAUUAUACACAACAAAAGUAGCUAUCACAGAUAAUGACGUCAUGAAACUGAGGGGAAAGUUAAUAGAUCAGGAGUAUGAGGACGAUGAGAUUGAAAUACUUAUUAAAAAUUAUGGUGUAACAAAGAAGGCGAAGGGGGUUAAGAUGAGUGUGGUUCAAAAUAAAAUUUCUUUUCAUGACUACGUAGAAUGUAUGGAGACCAUGACAACAAAGAUCGCCGCGCAAAAUCUUAUACGCUCUGAUAAACACCAAGUUUAUACUAUAACACAGAGCAAGAUUGCGCUCAGCCCCACUGACGAUAAAAGAUAUCACCUUCCGGAGUCAUAUGAUACGCUUUCGUGGGGACACUAUCUAGUUGAUAAUCUUAAGAUGGAUGUUGAAUAA